AUGUCUACACAAAACUCCAGGAAGCGCGCGGCGCCUGGCGCAUCCCCGGCUAUACCCGUCCAGCAAAACCUGCAGCAACCAUUUACAGCUGACGCCAUGUCCGAUGCGAUGACGCGCUGGAACGGCGCUCCCGACCCGACUGCUUUUCUCGACAACAACGACUACACCGCGAAUCCGUACGCCAUGAUGCCAACUGCCGGCCAAUUUCAGCAGCCCGUUCCAGGGCCGUCCAACGUUGUGGCUCGCCGCCAGAUGAACCAAACGCUGUUGCCGACAAACCAGCGAGGCGCGUAUGAUGCAAAUACAGAUCCUUGGGGUAGCUUUGCUGAUGUCGAUGGCGCGCUGGUGCAACAGACCAACAUCGAGGGCAACCCCGAGGAAGAGAGCGUGGAGAAACUGGAGGAGCUGGCGGCCAAAGCGAAGCGAGAAGCGCACACAAAGCGCAAACAGAUCCCGCCAUUUGUGCAGAAACUCAGCAGUUUCCUAGAAGAGCGCAAAAACGAAGAUCUUAUCCGCUGGUCGGAAAAGGGCGACUCAUUUAUCGUAUUGGAUGAGGAUGAGUUUGCCAAGACAUUAAUUCCCGAACUUUUCAAACACAACAAUUACGCCUCUUUUGUUCGGCAGCUAAACAUGUACGGCUUCCACAAAUGCGUUGGACUUUCCGAUAAUUCGAUGCGCGCUAGCGAGAGGAAGAAUAAGAGCCCUAGCGAAUACAAGAACCCCUAUUUUCGAAGAGGGCACCCCAAUCUACUGUGGCUCAUCAACAAGCCCAAGGGAAAGAAGGAAACGGCCAAGAACGCGUCCGGCCAAGCAGGCAGUGAUGAUGAACCAAGCAACGAGGACGGCGCCAGCCAACCCGGGCCAAGCAGCGUCCACGUCCCUGCUGGUCGCACAUUGCCGUCGACAGAGAAUGCCGCUCCACCCAAGCAGGAAAUCGCUGUGAUUAAGGAGGAGAUUCAAAACUUACGCGAGCAGCAAAAAUUAAUCCGUGGAGCUAUCAGCGCCUUGCAACGUAACAAUCAUGAGUUGUACAACCAGGCGAUCAUGUUCCAGAGCCAGCACGACCGACAUCAGAACUCCAUCAACGCCAUUCUCAACUUCCUCGCCAACGUCUUUAGGAAGACUCUUGAGGAUCAGAGCGGCUCUUCCAACGUCGGCGAUAUCAUUUCCAGCAUGUUGACAAACCAGGGUCAGCAGGGACACGGCAGUGUGGUGGAUCUCGGCGACUAUAUUCAAUCUCAGAUGGAUGCUUCGAACUCGCAUGGAGGCCAUAUGGGCAAGCGUACUAGAGGCCUGCUGCCGCCCAUUCCAGGCCAGCAGGCUUCUCCUCAGUCGAGCCGAUCACCCUCUGUUCCUAAUUACCAGUCUGGCAAUAUGCACAACCCUGAAAUGGGCCAUGUCACGGAGCUUCUGGACAACGACACACCGCCUUCGCUACGCCAAGAGCUCGAGAAUAAUCCGCAGGAGCGGAUGAUGAAGAUUAUCAACGACCACAAUGCCACCAGCACUCCGACAGCUCUGGAUCCAGGCGCGGCCGAGCUCGUGGCCAACGCGCCCAAUACGCUGAAUAACGACCAGCGCAGCCAGCUCGUCAACUUUAUGGCCGGUCAGUCGCCACCUGGCUCAUCGGCGACACCGCCCAGUCGCGCUCGCACGACGCAACCGCCCUCGGCCUCGGCCACUCCGCAGCCUGACACCACCGCCAAGCCGUCGCCACCGUCUCUGUCGCCGAUAAUGCGAUCACCCGUGAUGCCCGCGCCGUCGCUCAGCCACAUCAGCGCCAACCAGGAGGAGCUGGACCGCCUGCAGCGCCUGCAGAGCGACCAAGACGCCAAGAUUAGCGAGCUGGGCGAGAUGCUGGGUCCUCUGAGCCCCUCGGGCCGCAUCCCCGGGCUGGACGGGUCGGAUGGCUUCUUUGACGCGCCCAAUGUGGAUCUAGACCAGUACUUUAACAGCGACGCAUUCCUUCAUGACGGCAACUUUGGCGACGGCAGCGACUUCAACUUUAACCUGGACGCGGAGGCUGCUGCCGCGGCCGCGGCCGCUGAGCAGCAGAGGAGAAACGACACGCCGAGCCCGACAGGGACAGAGGAGAUUGAACGCAAUGACUUGAACAGUCCUCCCAGAGAUUCUAAGCGCCAGCGCAAGACCUAG